CUAUCUAACUGACGUGGUUUGAAUGAGUUGAGCGGCUGAGCGCGAGCGUUGUCGCGUUGUGUGUGGUUUUUCCCGGCGUCAGUUUUCUCUUGCAGAGUUUCGGUUCUUCAGACAGAAGUCCUAAUAAAAUCCAGUCCCAAAGGAAGAUUGUGUGUGACCUUUGUCAUCCUACCUCCAUCUGUCAGCGCUGCUCGGUGUGGUGAAAUAGCAAAAUAAGAGCGGCCGGGAGCACCGAUCCAGUCAAAGACCAAAAAAAGCACACCAAAGAAUGACAAGUGCUGGAGUAGAAAUACCAGAAGGAAAGAGGUUGAACAAAUAUGGAGACCUAGAAAAUCUUAACUUGACUACGGAAGACUGGAAGAUACGAUGGGAAAAGAGGCACAUUGGUUUUCAUAAGGAUGAAAUUCAUGGAUUGUUGCAGAAAUACUUGAGCAUCAUUCUACAUGGGAGGAAACAAAUCCGUAUUUUUGUGCCCCUGUGUGGAAAGUCAGUAGAUAUGAAAUGGCUUGCUGACCAAGGACACACUGUUGUUGGUGUGGAAGCAUCUGAAAUGGCUAUAAAAGAAUUCUUUGCAGAACAGAACGUGUCCUACACACAGGAGUCUAUACCAGGAAUUGCAGGUGCAGAAGUAUUUCAGAGUACUGAUGGGAAGCUAUUUUUAUUUAACUGUAAUAUGUUUGAUUUCACAAGUGCAAUUGCUGGAAAGUUUGAUGGAAUCUGGGACAGAGGUUCUCUGGUAGCAAUCAACCCAUCUGAUAGACAACAUUAUGCCAAACUAAUGACUACACUUAUGGCCAAAGGAUGUCACUACCUUCUGGAUGCUUUAACAUACGAUCAAGAAAAAUUUUCUGGUCCACCAUUUUCUACUCCCCUGCAUGUAAUCCAUGACCUCUAUGGCCAAUCAUGCAACAUUCAACUGUUAGAAUCAUCAGAUGCUUUGACUGACAGACAGAGAAGUUGGGGUCUGGAUUCCUUCACUGAACAAAUCCACUUAAUUACAUUGAAGACCAAUACGAAUUCCUGUGCUUAAAUAUAUUGACAAAUGCUGCAUUUAUUUUAUGAAAAAUUUGAAAACUAGAAAUGUAAAUCUGAUUAGGAAAAUUUAAAACAUUAGGUUUGGGAUUGAAUUGGAAACUGGGGGCUUUUAGUUCCCCUGAUGGCAGAUUGUGCUGUAUGCUCUCUUAAUUCCAACAUGUAGGCAAGGUUUUUUCCCUGGGGUGGGGGAAUUCAGAACUAGAGGGCAUAAGUUUAGGGUGAAAGGGGAAAGAUAUAAAAGGGAAUUAAGGGGCAACCUUUUCAUGCAGAGAGUGGUACAAACUUUUAGAACAAAAUGAAAUGGGUUUCUUGUAUUAUUUGCAGUUAUACUGUGAAUGCAGAUCCAGGGUAUUCUGUAAGUGGUUUCUUUUCCAUUGCUUUCACCCUCCUUUCAAAAUAUUUGUCAGUAUUUCUCCCCCCCCUCCCCCCCCCCCCCCAAAACCUACAUUCGACUUCUGUGUACUCUCAACAUAAUAUUCUAUCAACAAGCUCUCUUAAUCUCCAAAUUAGUGAUUGUGUUGCCUCCCAAAUUCAUGUCCAUCCUGUCACCACUUUUUUCGAUAUUCCAUGGUCAAGUUUCUGCUUCUGCAUUCUGCACCAAAACAGCCCAAAUCAACCAUCAAAUGGCAUCUGCUGUGGCAAUAUUAUUCCUUCUUAGGUUACAUCCGAGAAGCAAAGAACAAAGAAAAUUACAGCACAGAAACAGGCCCUUUGACCCUCCAAGCCUGCGCCGAUCCGUAACCUCUAUCCAAACCUGUUGCUUAUUUUCUAAGGGUCUAUAUCCCUUUGCUGUCUGCCCAUUCAUGUAUCUGUAGAGAUACAUGCCAUCCACAUUGUCUAUACUUCUCAUGAUUUUGUAAACCUCAAUCUUCAUCUUUCUAAUGAAAAUAAUCCUAAUCUAGUCAACCUCUCU